AUGCAAAACUUAUUGGAUGCAGCCCUCCUCGCUCAACACAAGCACGAGCAGCUCAUGAAAGAAAAACAGUGCAAUGUCACCAAGCUGCCCUUCGAGCUCUUGGCACUCAUCUUUGAGGAACUCGUUCACACCCACUUUAUCAGCCCCACUAAAAUCUCGCUCGUCUGCCGUCAAUGGCGAUCUAUCAUUCUUGAUAUGCCCGGGCUAUGGAACACACUUCGCCUCGACGGGAAAAGAGCAGAAUGGCGAACCAAGUGGUGGAUGAAGCAUUCCCAAGGGCGAAUCACAAACCUCGUGGUUCAUACCUCCAAAAAUCUGGAAGAAUGUCUCGAGAAAAUGGGGUCGAGGACUACCUCUCAGCUUGAGAAGGUGGCACUGGACUUUAAAGCCGUCGGAGAAAAUCUACCAGACUUUUUUUCGCUUUGA